UAUUACCACCAGAUUCCUGGCCUAUCCCCCUCAGUGGGUUUGUGCCAUUGGCUGAAGCUUCAUCAUCAUCAUCAUCAUCGCCACGGAACAAGAACAAGGGCCGCCGGGCGAAGCCUGAUGGAACAUCGUUGCUGGUCCAUCCUUACUUCACCGUUUUGAAAGAAGGGCGGCAAAGUGACUGCGAUGAAGGAGUGUGUUUGAUCUAAACCACCGUACGCUGACGAGCGAUGGCCAGGAACAUCAAGGUUAUAGCCGCAGGCUUCGACACUGCCUGUAAACAGCCUGAUUUUGUGGCGUUUCCUCGAUAUGUUGUUGUGGAGCUCCGUGCAUCCGUCGCGUGAACACAUUCCACAGGCUUUACAUACAAGAAAAAAAGAAAAGACGCAUGGAUCUUGUUCUAGAUUUUUAGGCCCCUGUGCCCCCACGUAAGUACAUUAUGCUAUUUGACACUUAGAGUUUUUCUUUAGAAAGUAACGUUUCUUCCACAGCGUAGCGUACCCUACUUUAGACAUAAAUAAAAACGCAAUGAAAGAACAAGGAUUUUAUGCCCACAAAAUAUCUGCAGGAGACUUCAUAAUAGAAAACACUUUUGGUUGACUUUUAUUGAAAGAUAAGCUGAGACACUUGUGAAAAUACGGAUGGUUUAGUUCACACUGACGUAGCAUAAUAUUGCGGUCUGCCCGGUGACCGUCUUGCCUGCCGACGAUGACGCACUAUCGGGCGCUGAGGACAGCGCACCUUGGUAAUAUUGCACACUAUUCGAGAAGUAAUCUGCUUCUAAAAAAAAAGAUAGAGGGCUUUGGCGUAAAGUCUGAAUAUAUGUGAACCUAAAACACCAGAGUCGAUAUAAGGCCGACAUAUGCGUAAAGGCGAGUGACGAAUGAUCAGUCGCCGUCGGCAAUGUUUAGCGUGCUAGGGAUGCUUGUUCGUCUGUCGAUAGUGUUUGAUUGGUCCGCAGUAAUUAAAUUUCAAACUGUGCAUGCAAAUACAUAAAUUUGCCCGAGACAUCCCGAUUUAUUUGUGAAUAUCAAGCAUUCGCUUCUGUAAUGUGUUUCUAGAACUAAAUUGAGAUAAUACUCCCAUGUGCACAUAACAUAAUAGAGCACAGCCAGCCCCCUCACUUGUAAUGAAGAUGUUUAUUACUGUCAUCUCAAUUUUAUCAGGGCGAUAAGAAUGAAUUUCUUCGAGACAGACGGGAAUUCUCGAUUUGAAAGCAGCGACUGAGUCACCGACGCUCAAGUGAAUGUGCGUCGCUUGUUGAAUCUUAUGGCCCGUUUGCGACCAUUCGUGUUUGCAUAUAUUAUUUCUUCUACUGUACAUAGUAAUGCUUGAGUCAAUGAAAGAUUUGAUCUUCAUGACUGCGUGGCUAUCAGGAAUAACAGGAAUAACAGGAUAAAGGAGCGAUCCCACUGAAAAUUUAAGAUUUUCGAUAGGGUGGAUAGCUCCAUUUCUCAUAAUAGGUCAAGUAGUCAUUCUUUAAAAAAUUAAGCAUACACGCACCCAAGUUACUGACAGUGGACAUUGGCAGAAUAAUUGCAAGGACACACUUAUUCUCAAACGAGAGAAACUUUUACAUAUGAUGGACUUGCUCAUUUGCCUCGGUGACAUUUUCGGGGUCUUAAUGUCAGCAAUACCGGAAUGUCGCGUAGAAAUAAAUUAUUGUCGCUAAGAUAAAAUUCAGGUCAUGAUCAGUAAAAUAUUCCAGAAGCUCCGAGCACCCAUCCAGGCCGUGCAAGCGUUGUUAUUUCCAUCCCGCCUUGCAAGAGCAAAAGAGUACAAAGUAUGUUAGUUUUUAUUUUAAGCAGCUGAAAUUCUAGUCUUAAACUGGUGAAUAACGAUUCACAACUUUUGGCUAAGAUUAUUUAGGCGCCCUUUUUUGAAACUCUUGUACCGAAUUCAUCGCUGUCUACCAGAUGCACCAAAGAAAUGAUGCCCUCUGUGAUGAAGAACGGGCUGCUUUUUUGCAUAUGGCACUACAGAGACAGGCAAGUAGUGCAAUGUGUUCUUAUGUACAUACGCCUAGGAAUACGCAUAGAACGUAGUACUAUUAAGAACUAAGAAUGAUAAAUUUUCUAGUCCAUCACAAAGGCACGUUGCAUGUAUAUAACUAUGAAGCAAAGCUGGCAAAAGAUUGUUUUGUUGUCACGGAAUGACACGGCAGCUGCAAAUUAUCGUCGGAAAUGACAGUCAGUGCAUCAACCACGUGCACGCCCACGCGACGUCACGGGAAGGCACGCAGACUAACAUGCAAAGACCAUUGCGCCGCAGGAACCAGGAAGGUGACAGACUGCGUGUCAAACCUUUGAACAGGCAGCCCACCUAGGAUCGUUGAUCUUAAUAUGAUCGAUCUCACGUGAAGCGUCGAGAGUGCUGUGGAUGGAGGCGUAGAAACCAUAUACGCCUCCACGCCACGUCCAGCGGUGAGUAUUACAUCUACAAACAGGCUCACAAAGAAGUCGCAGAAGAUAUCCGGGCAUCAUGAGAGCCGUGGCACAGGUACUGUAUCGACAUUUGUCACCUCAUGAAGGUCAGACUGGCUGUGGGACAACCGUUUUAUUCUUUUGUUUUUGAACUUGUUUUUGUAUUCGCGGAAGAUAGCAGUAUGCCAUAUCGUUAAUGAUACCAGGACUUGUUUGACGGAAUGCGUACGUUUUAAAAUACGUUGUCUUUAUUCACAAGGAAGUAGGUGCAUGCAGUUUCAGGCAAAGUUUUUCGCGUAGAGCACGUGUUCUACAAAGUACCGGCGAUGCACUACGUGUAUAACGGUGUCGCCGCAAUGCAAUCCAGUAUGAUAUCACGAACGGGUUGUUGAAUUUGUGUCACGCCCUCAACUCGUCGACCAGACGAGGUGGACGGCGUGGAACCCUGCGUCAAGGCUGACACAGUCGCAUCUGGACGACGUCUAGAUGCGCUGUGUCCAGAACGCAAGUACCAUAUGAUGCUGCAUUCUUUGUGAUGUUCCUCGCAGCUCAAUUUCUUAUCGUCAGUGAUUGUGGUUUUCAAAACGCUUGUUUUCAACAAUGGUCCGUAACAUUUGGAUUUUGCUGCAUUGUUGCGAAACGGUUUUGACUCAUUUCAUUAUUCUUUUGAUGUGGCCAUACAAUUAUAGCGCAGAGGAGUACACGCCGUAAGUAUUUAUGUGCGGUUUGCCGCCAAAUUAUGAUCCUCUUCUCUAAGAAUGAAAAGGUUUCAUAUGUAAUACCAAAUAUUUAUACCAUCAACUGAAAGUAUUGUCCACGCCUUUUGGAGAAAUUUCCAAAGAAAGGAAAUGGAAGAGGGAGCUUGAUAGCCGCUGAUUAUUCUGUUCAAAUUAAUUUUCGUUUUGAUAUCAAAUGGCUCGCGGUGUCAUUCAAAGCCCACAGAACUAGCUAUCCACAACGUUCAAUUUCACCCUUCCCACUACUCGUACCUCAGUUGGCAACACGAAAAUAGAUCUGCAAGAAUAUAAUUGUUUUGUUAUUUUAAUAAAUGAUCUGCAGACAUUUAAAUCAAACCCAUGCGAGCGCGGGCUUCAUUUGUACGACAACGCUCUACGACAGCUACAACUCGUGGAUGGUAGAUGUUAGGCCCAAAUCGGGAACACGAUCACGUAGGUGAGUGUGGUCAGUUUUAGGCAGCUGCCUUCCCAACGAACGCAGAAUAAGCUCGCAGCAAGCAAGCCCACUUGUAACAACCACGCAGGCCUGAACAUGAGAUGACGGAAAACUUGGACCUGGUUUUCUCCUUCCUGAUUAUAACACGCAAUUCGUUUGUAGAACCCUGUUAUCAGCGCCAUACUCAGCGCAUUUGCUGGCGGUCUAUUACUGUGCGAAUAUCGGCAUUUUUUCCGAAGGGCGUCUUGUCCCUGUGUCUCAUUUUGCGAUCCUUCUUUCGCGCUAGAAUAUGUGGUUAGGUAAGCACCAGCUAGCCCAACAGCAUGUCUUUCUGUGGCAAUAAAGCGGAAGGAACGGAGUCAAAGCCUGCUCCUGAAUAAUGUUCCGCAUUGUCUUUCAUGUAAGCUUUGGCACGGACAAAACAAGGAUAUGCCUAUUGUUUUACGACAGCUAAAUCAGCAAACAUACAUUACGGAGUGUUACAUUUCACUAGUUUCUCAGGGCUCUUAUCUCCAACGUUUGGACAAGCGCGAAACUAGAGCACGUGCGACUCAUGGCGACGACAGCUACCUGUUGCAGUAAUCCAAAAGAGCUUUCAAACGCUGCUACACUACUUGGAACCGUAAACAAGCUGCGUCCUUGUGGCUUUCUCUUCACUGCUGGAAAAGUUGUGCGUGAGUGUAGCAGACGACGCGUUGUUAGCAUGCAGCUUAAAUCAACGGUCCAGAUAAUUAUCUCCACCGUAAGACGCCGCAGCACAGAAAAGUCGGUGCUCGUGCAGGUUCAAUUAGGACGGGCGUACACUUAUGUCCACUGUUAUUUAGAAUAUAUGAAUGAGGAGCAGAGUGCGUGCGAGUCUCGUGUUUGUGCACAGACUUCAGCUAUUGAAACGUGAGACAUGGACGACGCGGCAUUCGGCGUUUCUUGCAGCAUUGGUGAGCGGUGGGUGAUUGCUAUGGAGCGCAAAGCAGUCACAAUGCAUCGCAAAGGACCUCGGUUUCAGUCGGUAUCCACAGCGUUCGCCGUGAUCCCCGCGCCACCACCGGUGAGAACUGCUCCAUCGACUCGAGUUGUAACAGGGAUGUCUACAAGCAUCUCUCGACUACCCAUCGUGCCUCCAGCAACACCCGCGCCCACAAUGCCAUCUACGUCAAGUACAACGACCAGGACUCCCACGUCAACAACUACCACGACGAAGACCACGAUGACGACGGCCACCACGACCCCCACGACGACGACCACGACGAAGACCACGAUGACGACGGCCACCACGACCCCCACGACGACGACCACGACGAAGACCACGAUGACGACGGCCACCACGACCCCCACGACGACGACCACGACGAAGACCACGAUGACGACGGCCACCACGACCCCCACGACGACGACCACGACGAGGACGACCACCACGACGAUCAAAAUGACCACGACGACCACGACGACCACAACCACGUCCACAACCACGACGACAACUACCCGCCCGCGAACCACCACCAGCUACCCUGUCGAUAAAGGUCCUCUACUCUGCACAAUCAAGGCUCCCAACCGCUACCCCGCCUACCGACUGCAUGACGUCGAAAACCAGCAUGUACCGAAAGCUACCGUUUGCGACUACAUCAUCGUCGACUCCGCACAGUUACCGGAUGGUGGCUAUGAGUACUCUUCGUACGGUUUUCUGCGUAAUAUCAACAGAUACUUGUUCACGAUUGACAACGGCGGCGUUCUCCAGGAUGUGGAGAAGAAAAUCAGCAGCAGCAAGUUCAAUCAGGUCGUCCGGUACUUAAAUAAUAUUUUAACUUUCAAAGGAUGUGGCAUGUUCGAGGAGCUUUCCUCUGCCGGAAGUACCCGCACCCCGGCCGAGGUCACCUCACUUAGGUCCCUAUACAAGACGCUGCACGAGAAUUUGCAAACUGCUGGCAUAAAAACGCCGUUCACCUUCUACGGUUUCAGGCCAUACAAACUUGAACCCAAUUUUGAUACCUAUACACAAUUCAUGCAGAGUAUCAGCGGGAUGGCAAGCGUGAUAAUCAUUAUGACUAUUACGGAGGGCGGCAACAACCAGCCGGAGCCGCCAGGCGCUUGGGACAGCAGCUGCCUGUACUAUGAUUCGCAAACCAGAAUAGAGGAUGCAGUGCGGCUUAUCAGCAUGGUGACACCGCCCAUGAAUAUGUUUGCCCUCGCAAUAAGCUUUCGAAUCGACGUUUUUCCAAAGGUUCAACUGUCUCAAAUUCGCCAGAAUACAACUACGCCUGGCCUGGAACACGUGGGAGGCAGCAGUAAUCACAUAAUUCAAGACUUUAAAGAUGUCUGCUAUAAGGGCGUGUACGAAAGCGACAUGCAAGGGGUAAACUUCAAGUACUUUCGAGACGGCUGUUGCACUUUCGCCAAAUUCACCGAUCAAUUCCAUAGCGGAGUUGCUUCUUUUGAAACGGCUCAAUCUAUACAGGAUAAGAUCAACAAGACGAACGUGAAACUCCAGCAGCUGAACCUCGUUGCCACCCACGUAGUUGGAUGGCUGGCUCAUAACCUUACGUUUAACCUCGCCCCACCUGAUUGCGGGGGCCAAAUGAACCGGCUCCUCAAGAUGCGUGAAGCGAUAAGCUGACCACACAGCGGCUUCUCAUGAUCGAUGGAUGGUACAGCCAUACAUAGUGCUCCUUUUCAAGCUGCAAAUUGUGACAAGACACGCCGAAAUAGAUGACGCAUCAUCUCGCCAACGAGACAAUCUUGUACGGGGGAACGCCAUAGAGGACAAAAAAAAAGAGACUAUCACAUAUAGGAUAUAAAGAUGCAUAAUUCGGACGU